AUGAACGUCUCCGCACAAGCAGCAACGGCGGCGGCAGCAUCAGACGUUUCGCAGCAACCGCGACAAGCUCACCGCCCGCAGCAAAGUCCUAAGCAGGGCGGCCACGGGACCAGCGGCGGCAUUGGCGGCCAUGACCUCUCUCUUCCCUGGCUUGCAGACCGGUUUUACCUCAACGUGAUCCCCGCCGUGCGAGAGAGCGAACGGAAUGGCCAAGGGGAGGACUGGAAAAUUUCACAAGACACUAACGUCAAGUCCGAGAGCAACAGGAGCGGCAGCAAACACGACGGGGGCGGCGAUAGCGUAGGGCGAGGUUACGCGAACGGCCCCUUCUUCUCGCUCGAGAGACUCGUCGACGUCGUGAGCGGCAAGGGGGGACCCGGGAUCAAGGCAGCCAUUUUCGGAACAAUGUCGCUCCAGAUUGGCCGGUUGGCUGAGGAGAUUCCCAGCCUUUUUUCGAGAUCGAACCUCACAGUCCCGGUGCUGGUCUUGCACGGGGAGAAGUCCCUGAGACGGCUGCGGGACUCAUCUGCAGAGGUGAUCAAUACUACUAGGGGAGAAGCCGCCGGCGGCGGCGGCGGUGGCAAAGGCGGAGCUAGCGACUAUCGCACAAACAGCGACCACGGCGCGGACUACAUUCUCUUCAGAGAAAGCUUGGGGAAGAACGCAUCUUCCGAACAGCGGGAACGCUUGAAAGCCGCGGGACGCGAAGAUCGCCUGGACUAUUGGGAAAUGUCCAUGCCCGCCCACGUACAAGUCGAAAAAGUUCACACGGGAGGGCUUGGAGUCCACCAUCCAAAGUUUGGGCUUCUUUUUCUCAAGGACGAUUCCCUGGUGGUAUACGUGGGCACGGGAAACUUGGGCGUGGACACCGCUAUAGACGCCACCUGGGUGCAAAGGUUCGGCCAAAGCAACAAGGGAGAGGCAGCCUGCACAAGAGACCUCGACAACGGGGGCACGUCAGAAUGGAAAGGCGACUUUGGUGUCACCUUGCAAGCCUUCCUGGCAGGGUACUCGCGGCUGAUGCGACAAGACCCCAAUAAGAAGGUCGGGACUGCGACCUCCCGGAGGAGACUGCGAAACACGCCCAUGGAGUUCAUGCUUCGAGAGCUGGGCAUCGAGCGACUCGGAGACAGCUUCGACUUUAGAACGGCGGCGGUCGACCUAGUUCCUACGGUUCCGACUCCUAUGGGCGCCACACUGUCGGUGUCCUUGCAGCCCAACAGCAAUGAAAGCACCUGCUGGGACGGGGGUCGUGGCGGCGGCAACACACCAGUGGAGUCUUCAUCGCGCUCCUGUUGGCAGGACCCAUGCCUGGCGUCUCCUUCAAUGUCGCCGCUGCCGCUGUUGCCGGUGUCAACGCACCAGGAGAACGGGGCAACACGAAGAGGAGGAGGGGGCCGGCUCAGUGCUGCCACGGGCUCCGGAGACGGCGAGGACCCGGAUGAUGAUCUCGACGGUCAACGUGCCGCUGAUAGCGCCGCUACGAGUAGCCGUGCAGACGAUUUCGACGCCCCUGACGGUGGCCCCGCGAGAGGGGCCCCCGAUACGGAAGGAGGCGACGCGAUCGAGUGCGGCGGGGCAGGAGGGACCGAUCUUCGCUACUACGGCGGCCAGCUAAGGAUGAAGUACUUGCUCAGCAAGCGGAGAGGCCAGGUCGAGGAGGCCGGACCGGAGGACCUGCUUAUCCUCCAGCCCACAAGCAUCGGUGCCGGCAUCGACGCAGGGUUCCUUGAGAUUUUUGCCAAGAAUUUAAUGCCGGAUUCCGCGGGGCCGCUUCGGGGAGCCUGGAAAGAGAGCCGCCUCGACUCCGUUCGUAUUGUGUGGCCAUCCAUGCAAUACAUGGGCGCCUGUCGCAAGGAAAUGAGCAAGUCGACCUUGUUGCGGGACCGGCAGGCGUCCACGAUCAUGGAGGUGGACCACAAGUACGUCAUGGGAGAGGACGGGAAGACCCCGGACUGGGACAACAACGGGUUCGUGUUCAUGUCGCCGGAUCAAUUCGACGGCAUGGGCCUAGACUUGCACUGCUGCCUACAGACAUUUCAGCUCCACCCGGCAACCGCUCUUGCGCUCCCCCUUCGCCCCGCCCACGUGAAGAGCGUCAUGCGCCUGAGGAAGGCCCCGUUCUCUCUACGGCCGCAGCCGCCGUCGCCACAGAAGCAAGCCAUUUUCACGCCCAACAAGAAUACCAACACUUGUGACCGAGGCGGAAUUGGAAACAGCACCAUGAGCCACAGUUCUGCCGAGGGUGCUGUUGCUGAUGCUGCUGCUGCUGCGGCGGCGGGGGGUUCCGCGGCGGCGGGUAGGACCGCGGAUGUGCGCGGGGAUACGGGGUGUGACGGCGCACGCCCCGUCGUGUGCACAAACGUUCAGCACUUUUCGUGGUUCCUGUUGACCAGCGCCUGCCUCUCCAAGGGGGCCCAGGGCGAGGUGGUCGCGCACGGCGACCGAACAGGCACCGGCACCGCCGCCCCGGGCGCAAUAUUCAAGAACGUCGAGCUCGGAGUGCUCUUCCACUCUUCCCCGGAGCGGGCCUACUACACGGCACCACUCCCGGACUGCGCGUGCCCCUCGUGUGGCUGCUCACCCGGCAGCGGUGGGCCUCCGCACUGCACCCGCACCGAUACCCGUGAACUUCCGCCGCCGCCGCCGCCGCCGUCAAUGGUAUCACCACGGUCGAUCCCCCUGCCCGUACCUUUUUGCCUGCACAGCGAGGCGUACACGGACCCGUUGACGGAGUCUCCGAAUGUUCGCUUCGCGCCCUACAUGCACACCCUCAAGAGCGAGCGACCGUGGUCUGUAGAAGUGCAGAGGCUCCUAAAUUCGAAUGUCAGAGAGGCACAGUUCGCCUAGAACCGUCGAGUUGGCUACAUUGGGGCGCAGGAGCAGCGGCAACAAUGGUGUUCGCCCGAGGGGUGUCAGUAGUUCCCGGGUGAAACGGAGGGAAUUUGAGUCAGCUCGUCGGCUCUGCAGCCACUUUGACGGUGUGAUCGCGCUUCGAACAUUGUUUCAUGGGCGUCAGGACGAAACCAGAAAACUCCAUGACGGGGUUCGAGACCGCGGGGGGGCGGGUGGCCGGGAACGGACGUGUAUAUGGAUCUUCUCGUCGAGUCUUGUUGCGCUAUGCGAAACGGUGUGUCCGUCAUUGUGGUGUGGUGAAGGGAUGCACCAGAGUUAGAUUUCUAUUGUAACUGUCCGGUAGGGGAAUGCAUGACGCCGUGACAGCAGCAGUUGACAGAGCAGCAGAACACGCAACUUGUUGACAACAGCUGCUGUCGGUCUUGCGUGCUCCAGAGCCACAGAGACACCGGCGAAACUCGUGUGGUACGU